CCAUAAUAAAGAUUUUAAUUCUCUUUCAGAAUGCGUUACGUUGCAGCUUAUCUUCUGGCUGUCCUAGGGGGCAACGAGUCCCCUGCUUCAAAGGACUUGAAGAAGAUUCUCGACAGUGUAGGCAUUGAGACGGAUGAUGAACGCCUGAACAAGGUUAUUGGUGAACUGAACGGAAAAAAUAUAGAGGAUGUCAUUGCUCAGGGUAACGGCAAACUUGCCAGCAUGCCAGUUGGUGGAGCUGUAGCAGUCUCAGCUGGACCAGGUUCUGCUGCUCCUGCUGCUGCACCUGCUGCUGCUGAGGAGAAGAAAGAAGAGAAGAAGGAGGAGUCUGAGGAAUCUGAUGAUGACAUGGGAUUUGGCCUAUUUGACUAAACUUUUGCUACAGAAGCUAAUAAAACACUUUGUUUAAAAUGGA